AUGAGCGGUCCCGUUACAAUCCAACCUGGACACAAACUCCUUCCGUUUACUGCUGACUGGAAGAACGAACUAUUUGCAUCGUGUAGUCCAAUACAAGAAGGAGUCAUAUAUUGUCUAUGCGGACCAUGUUGUGCUGGUCGUUUACAUCAGCGUACAGGUGAAAAUUACUUCGGAUGUUUAGUUCCGGGUACUACACAAGCACUUCGAGCCAAGAUUCGAAUGGCCUAUGGUAUUAAAGGUACACUUAUUGGUGAUUGCCUCGCAUCAUGCUGUGGUCCAUGUUCACUAUUGCAAAUGAAGAAAGAACUCGAUGCUCAAGGUGUCCCAAAUCCGUUUAAUAACUAG